AUGGUAGGAACUGGUCGUAGAGAUUAUAGUAGAUUACCUGGUGAUGAUGUUGAGGUCGGUUCAAUUUCAGACGGUGGAAGAGAGGCUAUGCUGCCUUCUGAACCUCCAGAAUAUGACAAUAUAUCACCAAUGGAAUUUAAGGAUGUAGAGCCCUUUUCUGUCUCAUUUCCAAAUAAGAUGAUACAAUGGAGAGAUGCUAUCAAUAUGAAAGUUAUUUGGCCUGUUCAGGAGAACGUUAUGGACCCCCUGGUAGAGUACUGGAGAUUGUUGUCAUCGAAAGUAGAUUUAUGCCUGAGCAAAGUCGGUAAUCCGCUAAUUCUGAGUAGGUUCAUUUAUAUGCUACUGAUGUCUUUAGUUGCUUUUAUGAUAUGGAAAAGUGGACUGUUUCCGAAUAAUAAAGCUAGAGGAGAAAAUGGUAAAUUCUCAGACCACAGGAUACUGUUAGACUACGCAAGGCGAUCGGUUGAUCUCUCGAAACUUGAAAAGGACUGGGAAUAUUUAAGCAGCAUGCCACAUUCUUCGGGAACCAGGAGUGAUAUGGCUUUGUCAGAGUUUAUUCAUGAUACCUUCAAGAAUAAUGGCAUUUCCCUGUUGGAAAAGUACCAAUACGAAACAUUAGUAAAUUAUCCGGGGUCCUCUUACUUAUCCAUAAAAGUUGGUGAAAAAGUUUUGAAUUUUGAGUUGACUGAAGACAAUUUUAAUCCCCUUUCGCCGAACGGAGAGGUAAAAGAUGCUAGACUAGUUGACGGUGGCUAUGGUACUUUAAAAGAACUUGAGGAUCUAAAAAAUGGGGGUAAUUUGCAUAGCAAUUUUGUACUGCUCUUGAAAUAUGGAAAUGUGGUGAGCGAACAAGUUUUGGCAGCUCAAAAAUACGGAGCAUCUGGUAUUCUAUUUGUAUCCAAUAGUUGGAAUGAUAACAACGAUAUUGUGGAGAAGAGAUCAGUUGCACUACCUCAGUAUGGUUUAGGUAACCCCUUGAAACCAAGUUGGGAUCGCAAUCCUGCUGAUCCUAACUCUCCACAAGCACGUCCGUCUAUUCCUUCAAUACCAAUAUCAAAUAAGCAAGGAAAUGAACUACUAUCACUUAUUAACGAUAAAAGCGUUUCAGUCACAGCGAGUCUGAAAGUAGAUGCUGUCAUAAAAGAAGAACAACCAAUAGUCGAUAUUAUUGCGAAAAUUAAUGGUAACGAGCAAGCUGACAGGUCGAUUAUAAUAAUGGCUAGCAGAAACUCAAUUGAUAACGGUGCCGCCUAUCCUAACUCAGGUACUGCCUCUUUAUUAUCCCUUGUUCAACUAAUGCAGGAAUUAAGGUACAAAUUUAACUGGGAACCUUUGCGCAGCAUAUAUUUUAUCUCUAUAGGUGGUUCGGAAUUCAACAGUGCUGGCGCCGCUGAAUUGAUAAAAGAAAAGUACCAAUCGAUCAUUGAUGGCGUGUAUAGUAUCAUAGAUAUUUCGGAAUUCAAUGUUUGGGACUCAUCAAAGGAAUUAAACAUAGAAACUCAUCCUUUAUUGUUUAGUCUUUUCAAUGAGGAAGAAGUUAAAAGAGGAUAUAACUUAGAUGUGCACUCUGUUCAUCAUUACGGUGAUUGGGUACCCUACCUAGCCGCAGGUGUACCUGUCACAGUUUUGACGUCAAAGUCAUUGCGAACCAAGAGUGCUCCAAUAUUUACCAAAGAAGACACCUACUCCGCAUUCAAAGACUCAUUUGAAAAGGCUGCUAAGGAAGGUAUUAUUCAUGAUAACCUUUUGUUUUUAGUGAAUCUAGUCCUUCAAGUAGGAGAUAAACCUUUGAUACCGCUAGAUAUCACUGAAUUUGCCAAAUACAUCUUCUCCUCAUUGAAGGAAUUGAAUGAAAGAUAUGACAAUCGGUUGGAUUUGAUGCAUGUAAUGUCUGGUAUGUCGUCUUGGAUGGCCAUUGGUAAACAAUGGGCAGAGGGAGUAGAAGCAUGGAAAGUUGUUGUCAUUGAGCAUGAUGGGGGGUUUGAACCUACGUUAAUAUAUUUAGAUCGUACUCAAUGGAAUAUUCAGGUAUCGAAUGUUGCUAGAUAUUUGGUAUCCUGGGAAGGUGUACCAGGUAGAGCACAUUAUAGGAAUUUGUUUCUGGGACCUGAAUUAUGGACGCAAUUAGACGAUGAUGAAAAGAGUUGGGUACUUCCAGGUUUAAAGGAUCUUCUUCACAACGGGCAAAUUGACGAGGCCAACGAUCACUUGAAGUUAAUUGGUAAGGUGUUGAACGACGCUGCGGUAAUGUUUGCCCAUAGUUCUUGA